UUAUACUGACGACAGUAUUGAUAGUACAUAUACUGACAUUUCAAAUAAAGUAGAUAUUGACAUGAUGAAUAUGAAUGGAAAUCAAGGAAGUGGAAAGAAAGAAUCAAUACAUAGUUUAAGUUUACAACUGGGUACUGAAUUCAAUUUAGGUUCUACCAUACAUUCAAAUAAUAUGGAAAAUUCCAUUUCUGAACUGAGCAUUGACGAGGAUGAUAUUAAAGAAAUGACGCACACUUCUAAUAACAGCGAAAGAGACCACGAUGAAAAAUCUAUUAAAGACAGUAUCGAGAAAGACACAAGUACGAAUGAUACUUUUAUAACUGUGGCUGAAUUAGAAGACUCGAUUCAAAAUGGCGUAGUCGGUGAAAGUUUGAUGAUAGAAGCACAUAAAAUUACUACUUCUGAUAAUAAUGAUAUUUAAUCAAUCAAAAUGACCAUGAAGUUUAUACCACUUUGGAAGAUAAGAAUGGCGUUAACAAUGCAAUAAGUAAUAAAUCAGAGGUCUCCAUUGAUAUUAGUAAAAGUUCUUUAGAAAAGCAACAUAUUAUAGAUAAUUAUGAUGUAAAUUUAAGUAAUUUGAAUAUUAAAAGUAGUCAUCUUAAUGACAAUUUAAGUGAAAUA